AUGGCCACCACCGUCGUCCCUUCGAAGUCGAACUUUUCCGGUAUCGCUCCAGCGCCCGAUGAAGUCAGCAGCAUUUUGAAAACCAUCGUCGACACUAACUCCGCCCAGACUUCCCUCGACGCCUCCUACGCGCUCACGAACCUCCUUGUUCAGUCUGUGGGGAUUCGAGGCCUUCUUUCCUAUAAUCUUGUACCGGAGAUUAAGAAGGCUGCGACAGAUAAGAAGAAUGGCGCCAAACGGGAAAGUGCUAUGUUCAUCCUCGGGGCCUUGUUUGAGCGCUUUCCCCGCGAACAGCCGCUCAGCGAAGUGAUCUUCCUGGUCCAGGACGGCGGCCUCUUCAAUCUCGUCCUUGAUGGGUUAGCCGAUAAAGGCUCUUCUGUCCGUGAGUCGGCGCAGUAUGCAGUCGACGAACUAUUCAAGAACCUUGCUCCGGAGGCAAUGGUUAUAGGUCUCCUCCCAGCUUUGCAGUCUUAUCUCUCGAAGCCAACGGGAAAAUGGCAAGGAACUGUGGGGGCAUAUAAACUCAUGGGAAAGAUGGCCGAUAAAGCCCAGGUGGGGACAGGCACGAAAGAAGAGGAACAAGCCAAAGACGUUUUGCGGGAGUCCAUGGGUAGGACGCUCAAGGAGCUAAUCCCGAUUGUUGAGGGUGGAAUGCAUGACCUGAAGGCCGAAGUCGCUAAAGCCGCUACAAAGACCAUGACUUCGCUCACCAGCCUACUGCAGAACGACGAUGUUGCCCCUCGGAUACCCUUGCUCAUCGAUACCAUGAAGAACCCGUCCUCCCAAACUCUUCAGAAAGCCAUUCACGCUCUUUCUCAAACCACCUUCGUCGCCAUUGUCACUUCCCCCGUCCUUGCCCUUCUCACCCCAUUGCUGGAGCGAUCUCUCAACACUCCAGCUACGUCUCAAGAAGUUCUUCGCCAAACAGUGGUCGUCGUGGAGAAUCUGACCAAGCUCGUGCAUGACCCGGUGGAGGCCAGAACUUUCCUGCCUAAGUUGCAGCCGGGUGUGCAGCGAGUUAAAGACAAUGCAUCACUUCCUGAAGUGAGGGAACUGGCCACCAGAGCCGUGAAUGUCAUGAAGAAGGCCAUGGGUGAUGAUAGAGAUGGUGUGACAAACGGCCAGAUUGCCAGAACCACUUCCGAUGAUGUUCUCAAGGUCCUCGACAGCGGUAUCCGAGCACGGGGUGGUCUACAGAAGGAGGAUAUGGCAGUCUGGAAACGAGGACAGAUUUAUAUCUCGGAGAUGGUGAGAGAGGAUGUCAAUGCCCGAGCGUUCUCGCGCAUCCCUUCUCGAGUUGGUCCAUAUCUCAAAUACAUGAUGCCAGAGGAGCAUUGCACAGCCGUUGCCGAGGCUGUGCAGAGGUACUUUGUCGAAGAGGAUCACAGGAAAUUUGGCACUCCCAUCGUGGAGGAUCCAAACGAGGUGGAAAUUGUGAAUGCAGACUUCUCCCUGGCCUAUGGAGGCAUGCUAUUAUUAUCUCACACCAAUCUACGACUUCUGAAAGGGCACCGAUAUGGUUUGUGCGGCCGCAACGGAGCCGGAAAGUCCACAUUGAUGCGAAGCAUUUCAGAAGGCAAGCUGGAAGGCUUUCCGCCGAAGGAAGUCCUGAAGACCUGUUUUGUUGAGCACAAUCAGGGCGAAGACGCCGAUAUCAGCAUCCUUGAGUAUGUGUCGAAGGAUCCCGAAAUUGCCAAAGAAGGGCAGCAGCGAAUCUCAGAGGUUCUUAGCGAAGUUGGGUUUACAGGCGGUCCGGAAGGCAGACAGUCCCACAAGGUGGGCUCUUUGUCUGGAGGGUGGAAGAUGAAGCUGGCUUUGGCAAGGGCUAUGCUGAUGCGAGCCGAUGUUCUCCUGCUCGACGAACCGACCAACCAUCUCGAUGUGGCAAACGUCAAGUGGCUCGAGGAGUAUCUCCAGAAGCAUACGGAAAUCACCUCAUUGAUCGUCUCUCACGACUCUGGCUUCCUCGACGCAGUGUGCACGGACAUUUACCAUUACGAGAACAAGAAGUUGGUUCAUUAUCCUGGCAAUCUAGCUGCUUUUGUCAAAGUCAAGCCCGAAGGCAAGAGUUAUUACACAUUAUCGGCUACACAAGUACAAUUCAAAUUCCCUCCUCCGGGCAUCCUCUCCGGUGUCAAGUCCAACACGCGAUCGAUCAUCCGAAUGACCAAUGUUAGCUAUACAUAUCCCGGCGCAUCGAAGCCCAGUUUGACCGACGUCUCGUGCCAGCUCAGUUUGUCAUCCCGAGUGGCAAUAAUCGGGGCCAACGGCGCCGGCAAAUCUACUUUGAUCAAACUGUUGACGGGCGAAACCAUUCCUCAGUCGGGGAAGGUGGAAAAGCAUCCUAAUCUGCGAAUUGGCUACAUCAAGCAACAUGCUUUGGAACACGUCGAGAUGCACUUGGAGAAAACGCCGAAUCAGUACUUACAGUGGAGAUAUGCCAAUGGGGACGAUCGAGAAGUGUUGAUGAAAGCCACGCGGCAACUUACUGACGAGGAUAAGGCGCAGAUAGACAAAUGGAUCGACCUCGGAGAUGGAAAGGGUGGCAGACAGAUUGACAAUUUGAUCGGCCGACAAAAGUACAAGAAGACAUUCCAAUACGAGGUGAAAUGGCGGGGUAUGCUUCCAAAAUUCAACACGCAAAUCUCGAGAGAGACGUUAUUGGACUGGGGCUUUCAGAAGCUAGUUCAAGAGUUUGACGAUCAUGAAGCGUCUCGCGAAGGUCUAGGUUAUCGUAUCCUAGAGCCCAAGGUGAUUGCGAAGCAUUUUGAGGACGUUGGAUUAGAUCCCGAGAUCGCCAACCACAAUGAAAUCUCGGGAUUGAGUGGUGGUCAAAAGGUCAAGGUCGUGUUGGCAGGUGCCAUGUGGAACAACCCUCACUUGCUAGUUCUGGACGAGCCGACCAACUUCUUGGACCGAGACUCACUGGGAGGCCUAGCCGUUGCUAUCCGUGAUUACAAGGGCGGCGUUGUCAUGAUCAGUCAUAACGAGGAAUUUGUUGGGGCCUUGUGUCCGGAACAAUGGCAUGUGGCUGAUGGAAGAGUGACACACAAAGGCCACCUUGCCAUUGACCUGAACCGGUUUGAAGACUCACGGCCAGGUUCCAGCAAUGUCAGCUCCGCUGUGUCUAGUGCAACUGCUUCCGCGGUCAACUCGGGAGUAGAGGAUAACAGCGAGAUGAAAUUCAAGGCGAAGAAAAAAAAGAAACUGACAAGAGCCCAGUUGAAGGAAAGAGAAGUGAGAAGAAGAUUGAGACAGUAA